UCCACAGCUGAACUUCAAGAGCUCACACAUCUCUGUCAUUCCAGCCUGGGCUCAGAGACAGGACCUAAGCAAGAUGUCUGGAGGAAUCUUCUCUCCUCUGGAUAACCUGUACAACCUGGACAACACCAGCUGCCACCCUUUAGUGUGCCACCUGUGCCACGAGCAGUACGAGCAGCCCUGCCUGCUGGACUGCUACCACACCUUCUGUGCCAGCUGCCUGCGGGGCAGGGCCCUCGACGGCCGCCUCACCUGCCCCCUCUGCAGACACCAGUCGAUAGUGAAAGGAAUCAACGCGCUGCCCCCGGAGGACAAGCUGCUCAAGUUCCUGGUGGACAACUCUGCAGACUGCGAAGAGAGCGUCCAGUGUGCAAACUGCGACCUUGACUGCAAGAAACAGCAGGAUGUGGAUGCAAUGUAUUAUUGCAACACUUGUAACCAGCCCCUGUGUGGCGCCUGCAGAGAGGACACCCACAAGGCCAAAAUGUUCUCCCGCCACGAGAUCGUGUCCCUGGCCAAGCGUACCAAGGAGAUCCACAAGAAGUGCCCCCUGCACGAGGAGCUCUACAUCAUGUUCUCCACUGAGAAGAAGUCCAUGCUCUGCAUUAACUGCUUCAGAGACACGCAAGUGGAGAGCAGAGCUCACUGCAUUGAUAUUGAGACAGCGUAUAUGCAAGGCUGUGAAAGGCUGGAUCAAGCCGUCCUGGCAGUGAAGGAGUUGCAGACGUCGGCUCGAGAGGCCAUCGUCCUGCUGAAAGCCAUGAUCGGGGAGGUGAGGGACAAUGUGGACGAGGAGGAGACUGCCAUCAGCACCCUCUUCAACAACAUGCAGGAGAAGCUGGCAGAGAGAAAGAAGAUCUUAUUGAAGGCAGCCCGAAGCCAGCACGAGGAGAAGGAGCGAGCGUUCAAGGAGCAGCUGACUCACCUGGCCGCCCUGCUGCCCACCCUGCAGGUCCACCUGGUCUCCUGCUCUGCUUUCCUGAGCUCAGCCAACAAGUUUGAGUUCCUGGACCUGGGUUAUCAACUGAUGGAGAGGCUAAAGAAAAUUGUGAAGCUUCCUCACAGGCUGAGACCAACACAGAGCUGCAAGAUCAACACGGAGUACCGCUCGGAGUUCGCACGCUGCCUGGAGCCCCUGCUGCAGCUCUCUCACCGCAGGUCUGUGUCGCUGACAGGAGGAGGGGGCGCAGCCUCAGGGAUCAGCAACGCCAGCGCACUGCUGCAGUCGCCCCUCUCCCUGAUGGUCCCCUCCUCCAGCGACAUGUCCCUCUCCGCGGCCCAAAAGCCCACGGCGCACCGCUACAUCAGCACCAGGGUCCUGCUGGCCGAAGGAGACGAGACCCCCUUCACUGAGCACUGCCGCAGCUACGAGAACAUGUACCGAACCCUUCAAACGGAGAUCCAGAAGCUGAAGGACCAGGUGCAGGAGAUGCACCGCGACCUGACCAAGCACCACUCCCUGGUCAGCACAGACACCAUCGGGGACGUCCUGCACAAAUCCCUGCAGAUGGACGGGCAGAUCGCCUCCGAGUACUCCUCUGUGGAGACGAUGCGCGCCAUGUUCGAGGAGAUUUGGGAAGAAACUUUUCAGAGGGUUGCAAACGAACAAGAGAUUUAUGAAGCUCAGCUCCACGACCUGGUGCAGCUCAGGCAGGAGAACACCUACCUGACCAACAUCACCAAGCAGAUCACUCCUUACAUCCGCUCCAUCGCCAAGGUCAAGGAGCGCCUCGAACCCAGGCUGAAGGAGUCCAAGGAGCUGAAGGAUGACCGGACAGAGACCAUGCUGCACAUCUAUGAUGACAGUGCGGUGUGCAGCGAGGCUCAGCACAGAAACGACCUGGCGUGCGCCGCCGACGAAAGCCGGGACAAGACGGCUGAGCACAGAGAGAAAAUAAUCGACAACCGCUCUCUGAACAUCCUGCCAGAGGAGUCAACGCUGAAGACGAAAGACUACUACCGCUCGGGGAAGCAGAAGAACAGCGCCGACACCCCUGGCAGAAAAGAACUGCCCGUUUAACAGAGACGCAAACCCCCUUCCUGUCCUUCAGCAGAGACGCGCGUCAAGGGGCACACUUUUCCGUGCAUCUUUGUUUUGGGGUGCGAGUCUCAUUGCACGACUGUAUAUACGGAUGCUUGGGGAUGAAGGACUGCCCCUCGGCAGCAGCUGCCCGUUCCUGAUGCUGCGAGAGUCCCUCAGCGGAACUCUUGGCAUCGUUCUGUAAACCUGCUCCUGGGUAGAAACCUGCUUGUUAAUUUGCCUCUCGGUGACGGCACACCCCCUGGCAUCAACGGUGCUGCCACUAGGUUUCAGGCGGGCGUUUGCGUUGAAGAAGCGAGCAGGAUCUUGGAAGAUAUACCCAAGGAACCGAGCAGCUGUCAGGACUGAAGGACAGUACAAUAUUGCAGCACUCAUCUGAAGAGGCCGAGUUUAGAUAUCUUUAGUCUGUAUUUAGUCUUUGUGUUUUGUUUAAGCAGUAUUCUGAUAAAAGGUCAAAAUGUUAUUUAAAUUACUUUUAAAUUUAUAGUAAAUUAUUCUAAACUAAGUAUAGUUUUCUAUAGGCUGUAAUGCAUCACAAUUACUGUAGCUGUAACACAAACAUGUUAAUCCUUUAGUACUUUAGAACUGAACUCAGAGUAAAUAUUUAUUUUUUAAAAGGUAAAAGAUGUGCAAUUUUAUCUGUAUACAAUUUUAAAUCCGCUGAUGGUUCUGUAACUUGUCGCUUGGUGAUGGUUUUGCAGCGUACAGCGCAUGCACUAAAAACUGGAUUAGAAAACCAAUUCAUUUUAGUGACAAUGGAAUCAGACAGCUACUCAAAAUGGUUUGAAUCUAUUGUUUUCAUCUGCACCACAAACUGUAAACAGCUCUGCCUGUUGCAAAUGGAAACGACCUGCAGGAAUGGUGCAGCCUG